AGGAUGGCGACUGGAAGCUAGCAGAAGCUGAACUCAGUCUGCAGGCUUCCGCCGCGGUUGUUUCCCAAGUCUCUGGCCUUGGGCCGAAAGAGCGGGUCGUCUUAGAGGAGAGGAGAAACUGUUUGGUUGGUUCGGAAGAUUUUUAGAAUUCACAGAUCCCAAGAAUAGUCCUAAAAUUGAACCAAGUAGAAAAACCAUGAAGAAACAUAUUGAAUAUUGAUAUUAAAAUUAAAAUCAUGGCCUCAUCAGCAAAUAUGGAUAUGGGAGCCCAGCUGAUUGCCGAAGAAUGCAGUAACAGCUACAGCCUUUCUGACAUGACGGACGUUAAAUUAGAGCACCCAUUGGACUCAAAUCCCGAAGAAAACCCAGCCCAGAGUGUUGCUAUGGGGAUGAAGUUCAUUUUGCCUAAUAGAUUUGAUAUGAAUGUGUGCUCUAGAUUUGUAAAGUCCUUAAAUGAAGAGGAUAGUAAAAAUAUUCAGGAUCAAGUUAACUCCGACCUCGAGGUGGCAUCUGUCCUAUUUAAAGGUUGAAAUUUAUGCUGAAUGCAAUAUUCAUACGUCCCCUUCUCCUGGGAUUCAAGUAAGGCAUGUCUACACUCCUUCAACAACUAAACAUUUUUCACCCAUAAAACAGUCAACUACUUUAACAAACAAACAUAGAGGAAACGAGGUAUCAACAACACCUCUGCUCGUGAAUUCCUUAUCUGUUCACCAGUUGGCUGCUCAGGGAGAAAUGCUCUAUUUGGCCACUCGUAUUGAACAAGAAAAUAUAAUCAACCACACAGAUGAAGAAGGAUUUACCCCUCUAAUGUGGGCCGCUGCUCAUGGGCAAAUAGCGGUGGUAGAGUUUCUGCUUCAGAAUGGUGCAGACCCACAAAUUUUGGGGAAAGGACGAGAAAGUGCCCUGUCACUGGCCUGUAGUAAAGGGUACACAGAUAUUGUCAAAAUGUUGCUAGAUUGUGGAGUUGAUGUUAAUGAAUAUGAUUGGAAUGGAGGAACUCCUUUACUUUAUGCUGUGCAUGGAAAUCAUGUGAAAUGUGUAAAAAUCCUACUAGAAAAUGGAGCAGACCCAACUAUUGAAACAGAUUCUGGAUAUAAUUCUAUGGAUUUAUCUGUAGCUUUGGGCUAUAGGGGUGUUCAACAGGUUAUUGAGGCGCAUUUGUUGAGACUUCUGCAAAAUAUCAAGGAAUAGACUUGCAGCGUCAUCAGGAAAUGUUCUGUAAAAACCAUUUGCUUUUUUUUUUUAAGUCUCAAGUGACAAAGACUUGUUUACUUUUUAAAACUUUACCUCAAUCACAAUAUUUACUGAUUUUUUGUCAAUUUUAAUAAAUCUCCCUCAAAGUAAUUCACUGGUUUGUAGUAGACUUGGUGUGGAUGUUUUCUUUGUAAAUAUAUUUUACUGUAUAUUUAAAAAGGUAAAUUAAUGUUCCGUUGCAUGUAAACUUUUCUAAUUUACAUAGCUACAUAAGUCUUCAUAUCAAGUGUAGUGGUUUUACAUUUUAAGAAUUUAUUCUAUUUUAAACAAUACUCCCUUCUCUCCUGUGUUUACUGAUUGACUUUACAUGGAAUUUAGGUGAAUUCUCAUAGAAAACAAAUUGCAUUGUUAUAGUUCUUAAAAGUGCACAAAGUGUGAUUGUUUACAGAGUGCUAUUCACUUAUAAAUAAAAUAGUUCUGUCUGUUUGCAUCGCUGUCCUUAAAAAAUUCAAGGUAUAUUUUGAACUUCUUUUAGGGUUUCAGCUUAAAGUGUUCUAUUAGCAAUUUUAAAUAUUUAUAAAUAUUCUUGUUUUCGAUGUACCUGAAUGUAAAGGUAAAUUUAAUAUAUACUCUCUCAUAUUCAAAUGAAUAUUUGAUCUUAUCCAUCUGGAUGUUUACUCCAGUAAGUGCAAAUUACAGUCUCUUCAUGUCUGCGUCCUUCCCUAAACUCAUUUAAGGGCAUUGUGCUGAAACCUCUCCUCAUGUUCUCCUGACAUCAGAACAUCUGUGGAGCACUCAGUCUCUCUACCUGCCAUCCUUUGCUGUGUAACUAGCUUGUCUUCUCUUCCUAUCAGACGUUUCUCCAGUAACAGCCUGCAUUGCUGUUCAUCAUGGUUCCCUCGGCUCUGUGUGGCAGCCUACUCACUCACCCCGAAUGCCUCUCCGUUGCUCUUGUGAUGCCAUUUACCUUUGCAGCGACCUGUGUUCCAUUUCAUAGCCUUAAAAUAAUGUAAUUAGCAUAUUACUCUUCAAAACAUGAGCCUUUGUUUUUGGAGAAAAUGUGGGGGCGUUAAAGGAGCCCUUCAGUUCCCUGAAGCUAAUGACUCCUGCUCUCUUCCUUUCCUCUUGUUUAAUUGUGGGCCUGGCUCCUCGUUUUCUCUGUCCCUUCCGUGUAAAUUCUAUACAAUGCACAGAUGGCCAAUAGACUUCUCUGUCCACUCUUUGAUGUGGAUGGUGAGGGCCAACUCCUAAAUGGUUAAGAUUUUCUUCUAGGAGGCUCCACCGUGUUCCAGAACUUGAUGUAACCAGCAUAAUGUCAUCUAGGAAAAGGAGCAUCUAGAGCACAGGGAACCUUUGCAUCCUAGACUCUGAACUGGUUCUUCCUCAUUACAGUCAUCAUUUGGCCGGCGCUGGGCUCCCUCCCCCAACACUUGUGAUCCUGGAGUCACACUUAUUAAGGAAGGGUAUUUCUCAUUGCGCUUCUCAGAAUCGUGAACAGUUCUGCUCAAAGGAGCCUUGUUGGGAGGAAUUUUAAAGUGGCGUGUUGUUCUACAAAAUGAAAUGCUUUUUUUCAUAAACAGUAGUUAGUGCAGCGGGGCUUUGUAUCCUCUCUAUCAUUCAAUCAGUUAUGUACAAAGGUAAAGGCGUGGUCCACAGUAGAUAUGUCUUAGGAAAGCAUGCCUGUUCUGUAGAAAUACUCUCAGUGCAUCCUUGACGUGUGUACAUAAAUGAGUAUCAUAGAUUUUAUAUAACAGACAAAGUAAGCAGUGUGGAUGUUUGGGACUUGGAGCCAGGAAGAUCUGAGUUCAGGUCCUGCCUGAGCAAGUCCCCUUCUCUCGGCUACAGUUUCCUCAUCUGUAAAGCUGAAAAUGAUCACAACACUUACCUCACAGGGUUGUUGUGGGGUUCAAAUCAGACAACAUAUAAAGUGGAUCGCAAAACUUAAAAUGAUCUGUAACUGUUCCCUAUUAGUGAUUGUUGGUGUUCUCCAAGUUGCCCUUUUCCUGUAUUAGGAAGGUCUAAUAUUGCUUUAACAUACUUUGGCUAUGUUGUCUUUAUUCGUUACUUUGUGAAUGAAUCCCUUGGAAUUGUAUCCCUCUUUCCUCUGUGUCCUUUUGAUCUAAUCUAAUUACUUUUCCCGUCUUUGUUGUCUUCUGUGCCAUCUCUGAAAUAAGCACAUUUGUGACUGUAUAGUCAGGCAAAGUGUAGUGGUUCUCAGUGGUAAAAACAGUUCCAGAAAAAACAAUGUUCUUUUUUUCCUUCUGUUUAUUGUACCUCCAUUUUUAUCCCUAAAUAUCCCUUGGGAUUUUUUGCUGAGUUUGAUCUGUUACAGAGUAGUUGGGUUUUGUCAGGGGUUUUUUAAAGUGCACAGAUUGUGAUUGUUUACAGAAUGCCCUUCAAUUGUACCUUUAAUCUCUACAUUGGUUUCACCCUCUGCUAUUUCUCCCUGCUUUUGGAGGUGAUGCUGUCAUCCAUCAUUGUUCUUUAUAAGCGUUUUUAAAUGACUUUAUAUGCUAACCUGGUUUUGCCUAUUACCAUUAUAUCUCGUCAGUUGGCAAGGAGAUGUCUGCAGAAUAAGGUGCUUUGUUAGGCUUUCUUGGUCUCUGUUAUGGAAUUUGAUUUACAUCAAUUAAACUGUAAAGUUGUUAUGA